AUGCAGAAGUCCUGCAGUCCGUCGGGUCUCAAAAGUCUCCGGACUGCUGUGCGGAUGGGACGGAGCAGCCUCAACAAUCCUCCUAUGAACCGGCACAUCAGCGACGUUACCAUCACCAGAACCGGCAAGCCUAUACUCCGGACGCAGGGCGGAAGAUCUUCUCUCGGAGGACAUACUGUGACCGUUUUCGGUGCAACGGGAUUCCUCGGACGAUACAUUGUCAACAGAAUUGCCAGGCAAGGAUGUACGGUCAUUAUACCAUAUCGGGAGGAAAUGGCCAAACGACAUUUGAAGGUGGCAGGAGAUUUGGGAAGAGUUAUAUUCAUGGAAUAUGAUCUCAGAAAUACCGCAUCUCUCGAGGAGAGCGUCAGACAUUCUGAUGUGGUCUACAACCUCGUCGGGCGGAUGUACCCCACCAAGAACUUUGACCUUGAAGAUGUUCAUGUUGAAGGUGUCGAGAGAAUUGCAGAAGCUGUUGCCAAGUACGAUGUUGACCGGUUCAUCCACGUCUCUUCAUACAACGCAAAUGUCAACUCGCCUUCAGAGUUCUUCUCUACCAAGGGACGUGGUGAGGCUGUUGCUCGUAGCAUCUUCCCGGAGACUACCAUUGUCAGACCCGCUCCACUAUUUGGAUUUGAGGACCGACUCCUUCACAAGCUCGCUGGUGUGACGAACGUUCUCACCUCUAAUCACAUGCAAGAGCGUUACUGGCCUGUUCAUGCAAUUGAUGUUGGUGAAGCACUUGAGAAGAUGCUCCACGAUGAUAGCACAGCCGAGCAGACAUAUGAGCUCUACGGUCCAAAGAACUACUCAACAGCUGAAAUCGCCGAGUUGGUAGACAAAGAAAUCGUCAAGCACCGCCGACACAUCAACCUGCCUAAGGCAAUCCUCAAGCCAGCCGCUGGGCUCUUGAACAAGGCUCUCUGGUGGCCUGUUAUCUCCGCUGAUGAGGUUGAGCGUGAGUUUAUCGACCAAACCAUCGAUCCUUCCGCAAAAACAUUCAAAGACCUCGGAAUUGAACCGGCUGAGCUCAGCAGUCUCACCUUCCAUUAUUUGCAAGGCUAUCGAAGCGCUGCAUUCUACGACUUGCCGCCGUCGACAGAGCGUGAGAAAAGAGAAGAGAAGAAAUACCUGCAUGUUAUUGACGACCAGUAG